AUGUCAAUAUCUCUCUCCCUCUCAGUUUCUAUCCAUAUCUCUCUGUCCUGCCAGGAAUCUGUCCAUGUCUCUCUCUCCUGCCAGGAAUCUGUUCAUAUCUCUCUCCCACCCAGCAUAUGUUAUAAUAUUACCUACAUUUGUUACUUUUUUUUUUGUUUGUCAAUAUCUAUCUGUCUCUCUUGGUUUCUGUUUAUAUCUCUCUCCGGCCCGGGCCGGGCCAGGCCGGGUCCCUAUCUCUUUCUCUCUCCGACCCGGCCCGGCACGUGUCCCUAUCUCUUUCUCUCUCCGGCCCGGCACGUGUCCCUAUCUCUUUCUCUCUCCGGCCCGGCCCGGCAUGUGUCCCUACUCUUUUCUCUCUCCGCCCCGCCCGCACAUGUCCCUAUCUCUUUCUCUCUCCGCCCGCACGUGUCCCUAUCUCUUUCUCUCUCCGGCCCGGCAUGUGUCCCUAACUCUUUCUCUCUCCAGCCCGGCCCAGCCCGGCAUGUGUCCCUAUCUCUUUCUCUCUCCGGCCCGGCCCGGCACGUGUCCCUAUCUCUUUCUCUCUCCAGCCCGGCACGUGUCCCUAUCUCUUUCUCUCUCCGGCCCGGCACGUGUCCCUAUCUCUUUCUCUCUCCGGCCCGGCACCUGUCCAUAUCUCUUUCUCUCUCCGGCCCGGCACCUGUCCAUAUCUCUAAACAGUUGUCUCUCAGUAGCUUUAUCACCUUGCUUGGGAUGAAAUGA